AUGCUGAACAUGGAUGAUCACAACUUUUCACGUCAUUUCCAUGUCACCAAGCCCCAGUUUGAAUAUCUGAUGAUGAAGCUUCAGGACAAUGGUAUUGAACAACAACACAGUCAAGGUCUACCACCAGUUCCUGCAACAAAGAAGGUGCUGAUGUUCCUGUGGUUCAUGGCCAACCAAAACAGCUUCUGUGAGAUGUCUGAGAAGUUUCAUGUGCCACAGUCCACAGCCCACAAGAUCAUGCUACAAGUUCUCAACAUCAUGUGCACAAUAGGGUCAUCAUUUAUAUCUUGGCCAAAUACCUGUGCGAAAGCAGCAUCUGCUGUGGUCUCAGUGGUCUCAUCAGUGCCAUUGAUGGUUGCUACAGCAGGGUGCAAAGGCCACAAAUAAGAGGAGGAGACUACAUGAAUCAAAAGUCUUUUUAUUCUGUCCUCCUUCAGGGAAUUGUGGAUUAGAGGGGGCAAUUCAUUGAUAUUUUUGCUGGAUCACCAGGGAAGGUCCAUGAUGCCAGGAUGCUGAGGGCCUCUGACUUCUACAUGACCUGGCAGGAGAAGAUGGGUGACAACAGCUUACUGGGAGACAGUGCAUACAUUGGACAGGCAUUCCCUUUUUUCAUCAUGCCUAAGCGUGACAACGGGGCUCUAACUGAGGCUGACAAGCUGCAGACUCCAGGAUCAGCCUUCGGCAUUAUGAAGUUCUGUAGAUGGAGGCAUCUACGAGAUCUGCAGAACACCCAGAUCGAUACAGUGGUGAUGAUCGCUGCUUGUUUUCUACAUAAUAUGUGCAAUGGUGCUUCAGAGAUCUGUCAGAAACACCCAAAUGGAUGCCCAAGACAGGCAGAUGAAAAUGAGUGA